AUGGCUGGCAACGAGGCUCUGGUAUGGAUUGACUGCGAGAUGACGGGCCUGGACCCUGACCGCGAAGAAAUCAUUGAGAUCUUCUGCAUCAUCACAACCGGCACACUAGAGGUUGUCGACGAGGCCGGCUUGGGCAUAGUGAUCCACCAGAGCAAGGAGAGAAUGGACCAAAUGGACGACUGGUGCACCAAGACACACGGACAGAGCGGUUUGACGGCAGCCGUGAUUGCCUCGACAGUCACACCAGAGCAGGCGGCCGACGAGCUGCUGGCCUACAUCAAGAAGUAUGUGCCUGAAAAGGGCGCAAUCCUCGCUGGUAACAGCGUGCACGCCGACCGCGCAUUUCUCCGCAAGGAACCUUACAGAAAGGUUGUCCGACACUUGCAUCAUCGCAUCCUCGACGUGAGCACGUUGAAAGAGGCGGCUAGGCGGUGGUGUCCAAAGAAAAUCAUUCACAACGCGCCGCAGAAGAAGGGGUUGCACCAGGCAAAGGAUGAUAUUUUGGAGAGCAUUGAGGAGGCCAGGUACUACAAGGAGACCAUUUUCAAGAGGGAUUAG